AUGCUCUUGUCGUUGAUCGCCUACACCACGCGAGAUAGUGACUGUAUAAUCUGCAUUAAGCAAGCGUGGUGGUUAAUGCUCAAACCUUCUCCGUGUGGGAAGAGGCCUUUGCUCAGCAGUGGGCACUUAUGGGCUGAUGAUGAUGAUGAUGAUGAAUCUGCCUUUGACAGUGAAGGUAGAGCGCAUAGCAUGCAGCACGGACCCACGGGAGAGUCAGCCAGGGAGCAAGGUGAUGCUGACAGUGGAUUCGAUAUGGUCGAGGAUGAUGGUCGUGGAUCACCAGGCAGUACUGAUGACACGGAACGACCGUCGUCCACCAAAUCUGGAGAUAGCGACUACCCUGAAACAUCUACUAAGCAAGCGUCGACAGACAAGGACACAAGUAGCCCGGAGAGUAACAGUCUGUUAGAUCCCGCUGUACUCGGGGACUUUACGACCCAGGCCCUCGUGCUCACCGUGUUGGCUACGCUGGUCAAGUAUACCACAGAUGAAGACGAAAUAAGAAUUUUAUACCAAUAUUUGGCUGAAGGAUCCGUCGUUUUCCCAAAAGUGUUUCCAGUUAUUCACAGUUUACUGGAUAUGAAGAUCAAUCAUGUUCUGAUGCACUGCCACGACCAGCUCAUACUGAGCGCGGUGCAGAGCAUUAUACAGAAUAUGAUAGCAAGUGAAGACGCGAGCCAACAACAGUUGCAUUACAUGCAGAGCUGUGGCUUCGGAGGACUCUGGAGGUUCGCAGGACCUUUCACCAAGAAUCAAUGCACAGCUGAAAGCAGUGAGCUCUUCGUGAACUGCUUGGAGGCUAUGGUGGAGACCUGCCUUCCUGGUGGUGAUGAGGCGCUCACCAGGGCUCCACCACCGGACCCUGACCACCCAGACCCGUGCGACCAGCAUAGAUACCCUGGUGAGUUGACACAGAUAUUUAAAGGUACGGAAAACCUGAUGAACCGUGCGAGUUUCGCUGUCGUAAGAUACCCACAACAGCAGCUCGCCGCCCGACCAGAACCAGACCCGAGCGUACGGCGCGUAGCGUUCCGCGCGCGCCUCAAAGAGCCAAUAGACCACCACAGACGGGGCCCUAUAGGGCUGAUGUUCAGCCGGGGUGGAGGGGUAAGCGCAAUGAGGUACCGCGACCUCGGCCCAGAGCAGGAGAAGGAAUAG